CCAUUGCAUCUCGGAGGGACCAGCGCGUCACAGCUAGUCCGCUUCUGCGUCUUCUGGAGGCUGGUGUCACCAGAUUUGUCACCAGGAAAGGUUUAUCCAGCGAUAUUUCCCCUCUCCUUGAACUUUCUUGUCUUGGGUGUGGGUGAGAAAGCAGUUGAGUGAUUUUAAUGCCUUAGGAACUCCGGGAAGGGGUCAGGUGGGAAGUGAGAGGAUUUGCGUGAGGGAAGAGGAAGAAUUUGCUUUUCUGGAAGAACAAGUCUACACUUGAAUUUCAGCAGCGCUGAGGUGGAGUGUGUGUGGGUAGUUCGGGCUGGUUCCCACUGGUUCCCGUUGCCGCCCCGGGAUGCUGGGGCAUGUGAGCUUUAGUGAUUUGGCCACUUUUUGAGUAGUUGGUGCUGACCUUCAAGGACGAGUUUAUCUUUUUCAUUCUCUUCCUUGGCAUAUCAAGACAUUGUUUUUGAGGCUUUGAUGGUAGCUGUGUUGAUCAAAGAUGUGCAGCGUCGCUCUUUUUUUUUUAUUGCUUAAAGUUUUACAAAAAGUAUUACAUAUGUCUCCUUUUUUUUCCCGCCCUUGACAAUCCCCUGGCCUCCCCUACCCCCAGUGUGGUCGCUCUUUUAUUGUAAAUACGUAAAUGAGGAAAAAGAAAGAUGUAGGUUGUGCAAGGUCUUUUGAGAACUUUGUUGGGGAUCGUUUCCCUCCUUCCCUACCUGGCUCUCCUGGAAUUCAGACUAGAGUUUUAAACUGGUUUAACAUUUAUAAUUAGUGAUUGUUCAGUGUAUUGACACAGUUUGUGUGUGUGUGUGUGUGUGUGUGUGUGUGUGUGUGUGUGUGUUUUAAAUCCUCGCUCGAGGAUACUUUUUACGAAAGAGAGAAACAUUGUUGCGCGAGAGAAACGCUGUUGCGAGAAAGAAACAUUGUUGCGAGAAAGAGAAACAUUGUUGCGCGCGAGAGAAACAUUGUUGCAAGAGAGACACAUCCACUGGUUGCCUCCUGCCCUCACCCCCACCCCCGGUGGGGUGGUACAUGCCCUUGACUGGGAAUCAAAACCUGGACUCUCUGUUGCGCAGGUCAACGCUUUAACCACUGAGCAACGCCUGCCAGGGCGACAUCGUGUUGUUUUUUUUUUAAACGUUUUGGAUUGGCCUGGCUAUUGUAAUCUGCCCUGUUUUGCUGUGUAUUCCUUGCAGUUUGUUUUCCAGUGAAAGGCCACUUUCAUCCCUCACCACUGUGAAAAGUUGAUGGCAAGUGAAUGCCUUGUACCUUGAGCAGAAUCUUCAAAUGACUUUUGAAAAAUGCCUUUGAAAUGUCUUUAAUGUCUAAAAAAGUCAUAAAAACUAGGAAUAGAAGGCUUUUCAGUCCUAGGUGACCAAGCAGUUUCACAAAUAAACCCUCCAGCAAGUUUAAAAAUAAUUAGGUCCAACUCAGAGAAGUGAAGUUGCUCCUAUUGCUCAAUGAUGUCUAGCUGCUCCAGUGAAGUUGAUGUGGUAAGAACUCGAAUAACUACUUGUGAUGAUGAUAAUGGCAUUCUUUAUGCAUAUCAAUCAAAGCCUGGAUAUGCCAAUGUAAAUCAGCAAAAUGUUCAGGCUGACACAUCUAAUGAAGAGCACCAAAAAACAAUUGUGGAUAUCCUGAGUCAUUGCCAGGUCAUCCAAGAUGCUAUUCAAAAACUGGAUAAGAAGUUUAAUAUCAUUCAUAAAAAGGUUUCAAAAAUUUACCGUUUUCGUACAAAAUUAAUCUGGCAAAAUAGGAAGCCACUUGGAUAUGCAUACAAACAUUAUACUUACCUGCUUUCUCGAAAGGUCAAAUUGCAGAAAAAGAAGAAGGAUGUGUCUCUUCCUGGUUCUUAUGCAGGAAGUUAUAGCCCAACUACACCAGUAAGAAGACCAUCAUAUGAUUCCCAGAGCAACAUUGCAGGAACAUAUGGCUCAUCACAGGAUUCCAUAAUGCGUGAUUACAACAUUGAAGAGACACGCCUUAGCCAGAGUCCAAAAUUCCCUCCCGUCUACACACAGGCUGAUCCACCAUAUUACGCUUCCAAUGAGCCAGCGCAGCGCUCCCCUUGCAUGUCCUCCUUUGGCAAUCAAGGGCCUCACAGCUGCACAUCAGUACCUGGCAAAUCCAGUCUUGCAUACAACCCUGAGAUGAUGGGUUACCCAGCUUUGCUGGAAAGGGAUUGCCGGGGCCAUGACACCUCAUCUUCCUGCAACCAAGCCAUCUCCCCUGCAGGUUCAUCAGUUGGAACUGACCAGAGUGUGAUACAAGAAGACCUCCCUGAUGACCCUUCAAUUUGGACAGUAGAACAAGUGGUCCUGUUUCUACAGCAUUUAGAUCCUGAGCUAUUCGCCCCCCUUGCCAACACCUUCAGGCAACACGACAUUGAUGGGUCAGCUCUGCUACUGCUCCCGAAUGACAUUAUGAUAAAGUAUAUGGGAAUUAAGCUGGGGACAGCUCUGAAGUUGUCCCACUACAUCGUAAAGCUUAAAGAACAAAAAGGCAUUGAUUAUUGAAAAAAAAGUUUGUAUAGAUUUACAUUAGACUUAAUUCUGGAAGACCAAUGCCAUCUCGAUGUAAAAUCAUUCCAUUGCUCUUAGAAAUUUUUGUGUUGUAGAAGGUUCCUCUAAAAUUUUGUUACAUCUAGAAUUGCAGAACUGCACUGCAGUUCAUUCUGUUUGUUUUAGAAACUGUUUAACACAUUACUAUUAACGUAAUCAAAUUAGUAAUUGGUUCUUUAUAUCUUUUUAUUAUCAUUGUAUAGUUAAAAAUAUACUUCAUAUGAGAAACAAUUUUGAUUUCAGUUGAUGUUUAUAUAGAGAGAGCCAAAACAGCUAAAUCCCAAAGAGGAAGUAUCAGGGAUUGACAAGUUCUCUAAUAAAAUCCAUGAGAAGUUUUCCUUAGAAGAGAAUUCAAAGAUGCACCUGCAGAUAUCAUCUCUUUCUCAAAUAUUUUGUGUCUGUUAUAACAGUGUUCUGUUCAUGUUCUAUCAGUUUUCUGAAAGGGAAUAGCCAUGUAAUUUAUUUCCCUUUUGCUAUUAUUUCUCUCUAUAUUGUAUUUGUUCAUAUUUAAAGAAAAAAGUAACCUUAUAGGAUUUCAUAAAGUGUUCUUACCAGUUUUUUUGAUAAAUUAUAAGAUAGAAUGACUCCUUUAUGCAAUAGCUCUUAUACUACAAGGUGGUUUGGGUGAAAUAUGGUUUUAUUCUUCUCCAUUAAAUUUACCUGUUAUUUUAAAACUUUAAAAUAUCUUGCCUAAUCUUAGAUAUUUAACUAGCCAUUUAUCACUCACAUUUCUCUCUGAAGUUUACUGUGUCCAAAUUUUUAAAAAUGCAUAUUCAUAUGGAUAUGGUUUUAUAUUUAUAUUUUAUUCUAUAUCUGAAGUAUGCACACAAGUGAAUCUUUUUGAAUUUAAAAUGGCACUUUCCACUUCUAUAUAUAGUGAGAUAUUUUUAUUCUGUAAUGAAUAUGCAUUUCAUUUGCCAUCACAAGUAUCUCUUAGCUCACUCAGGGUUUCCAUAGGAAAGUUCUCUGUCCUGUGUAGUAUAUCUAGUUCAUUUGCUUUCUGAGCCGUUUAUUCUAUUAAACUUUGUAAGGUGCAUUAGGUUGGAUUUGUCAUUUUAGACUUUAUUUUAAAAAUUAGAACUUUCAAGUAAAACAUGCUCAUUGUUAUUAUUUUGUUAUUUAUUACAUUGCUAUAUUGUAUUGCAUUUGCUGUAAUAUUUAUAAGCUAUAAGAAUUGGUGCUAACUGUAUUAGUCACUUGUUGUAAAUGCAAUAAAUGUUUGCCAGGGGCCAGCAUGUA